AUGACGACCGUACAACGGAUUUCUGUGAAUGAGGCUCCGCUAAAACGAGAUGAGCAUCGGAGCCAGGUGCUGUUGAGCGAUGAAUCGCUGUGUCUUGGCAACACGCUGUUGGGCGAUGGUACAAGGUAUUUUGUUUUACAACGAAAAUACAGCAGCACUGGAGUUGAAAGGCGGCGACAGCAUCCUGACCUUGUAGAACACAACUGGAAACAAACAUAA